AUGUACCCGUCGAAUAUCGCUCUGGCCGCUCUGGGAUAUAGUGCGACGCGAAACUUAUACUUCUUUUCGGGCGGUAUAUCACGGGUGAACAAAGAUAAGCAAUUCGGUGGGCGGCCGCGUGUAUUCCGCGGCGGCCUUCGGACUCCGCCGGCGGCGCGGACUGAAAUAUGGGACUUAGCGCCGCGCUGCGACAAAAUAAACAACAAUAACUCCCCCGCACCGUCCCACUGCACCUCGCUGAAAGUUUUAAUGGCACAUUUGCGGCCCGCGCUUCGUUAUUUCGCUAUCUGUACGCGCGCUAAAGUGUGCACUGUGUCUGCAAAUAUUUAUGUGGCGUUCUCG